AUGUCUGCAAAUAAGAUCCCACUUUUCAAGAUGAAGGGCCUGGUCCUUUUCCUGUGCCUACUGAAAAUGAGCUUUGCAGUGCCGGCAUUUCCUCAACAACCUGGGGCACAAAACAUGGCACCUCCCGGCAUGGCUAGCUUGAGCCUGGAGACAAUGAGACAGCUGGGAAGCCUGCAGGGACUGAACGCACUUUCUCAGUAUUCUAGACUUGGCUUUGGAAAAGCAUUUAAUACGUUAUGGCUGCAAGGCCUCCUCCCACCACCUUCCUCUUUCCCAUGGAUAAGACCAACAGAGCACGAAACACAACAGUAUGAAUAUUCUUUGCCUGUGCACCCCCCACCUCUCCCAUCACAGCCAUCCCUGAAGCCCCACCAGCCAGGCCUGAAACCGUUCCUGCAGCCCACUGCUGCCACAGCCAACCAGGACACAGCCCAGAAGGGAGGGCCUCAGCCUCCAAUGCACCCGGGACAGCUGCCCUUGCAAGAAGGAGAACUCACAGCAGACCAGCAGCAGGAGGUGGCUCCAUCGGAGAAGCCACCAACACCUGAGAUGCCAAUAAUGGAUUUUGCUGACCCACAGUUUCCAUCAGUGUUCCAAAUCGCCCAUGUGAUAUCUCGGGGGCCAAUGGCACAGAAUAAACCACCUGCAUUUUAUCCAGGAAUGUUUUAUAUGUCCUAUGGAGCAAAUCAGCUGAACGCCCCUGCUAGACUUGGCUUCAUGAGCUCAGAAGAAAUGCCUGGAGAAAGAGGAGGUCCCAUGGGCUAUGGAUCUAUGUUCCCGGGAUAUGAAGGUCUGAGGCACACCCUUAGGGGACUGCGCCCCAAUACAGCCAAGGGCGGAGAUUUUACUCUGGAAUUUGACUCCCCAGUGUCUGCAACCAAAGGCCCUGAGAAGGGAGAAGGAGGUGAAAAAGGCUCCCCACUUGAAGAAACCAACCAAGAAGACCCAGAAAACCAAGCUCUCCUUUCUCACAUAGCACCCGGUGCCCAUGCAGGACUUCUCGGUUUCCCUAACGACAACAUUCCCAGCCUGGCCAGGGGCCCUGCAGGGCAAAGGAAGGGACUCCCUGGGGUCACCCCAGCAGCUGCUGACCCACUGAUGACCCCUGAGUUAGCAGAAGUUUAUGACACCUAUGGUGCUGAGAUGACCACACCCCUGAGUGAUGGAGAAGCAACCACGGAAACCACAGCGUCCCCAGACACUCAGCAGACGUGGAUGCCUGGCAACAAAGUGCACCAGCCCCAGCUGGUGCACAAGGCGUGGCACUUCCAGGAGCCCUAG